GGCGCGAUUUGCGAUGACGUGCGUAAUGUCAGAGAGCUAGUAGUGUGCUCCGGGGCUCGUGUUGUGUGCACACUUAUUAUUAAAAAUGUUUGUUUAUAGUUGAUAAUCGUACCGAUAACGCUAAACAUGAUGGAUUAUGAAUUUAAGAUGAAGACACAGAAAGACCGCACGAAGGUCGAGGAUCUCUUUGAGUUCGAGGGAUGCAAGGUCGGAAGAGGCACUUACGGGCACGUAUACAAAGCUCGUAGGAAAGAAGGUGUACCGGAUAGUGAAUUGAAGUCUCGGCCUGAUACAAAAGAUUUUGGCCUUAAGCAAAUUGAGGGUACAGGACUUUCAAUGUCUGCAUGUCGAGAAAUUGCUUUACUCAGGGAAUUAAAACAUGUCAAUGUCAUUACUCUUAUUCGUGUCUUUCUCUCUCACAAUGACCGCAAAGUUUGGUUGUUAUUUGACUUUGCCGAGCACGAUUUAUGGCAUAUAAUUAAAUUUCAUAGAGCGGCAAAGGCUAAUAAAAAGCCAGUAAUGGUACCGAAAGGCAUGGUCAAGUCUUUAUUGUAUCAAAUUUUAGAUGGUAUCCAUUAUUUACAUUCCAACUGGGUCCUUCAUAGAGAUUUGAAACCGGCAAAUAUUUUAGUAAUGGGUGAAGGAAAUGAGCGAGGACGUGUGAAAAUUGCCGACAUGGGCUUUGCUAGAUUAUUUAACGCUCCUCUUAAACCUCUGGCAGAUUUAGAUCCUGUUGUAGUAACCUUUUGGUAUAGAGCUCCGGAAUUACUUUUAGGUGCCAGACAUUAUACGAAAGCUAUAGAUAUAUGGGCUAUCGGCUGUAUAUUCGCGGAACUUUUAACAUCCGAACCUAUAUUUCAUUGUAGACAAGAGGACAUCAAGACUAGUAAUCCAUAUCAUCAUGAUCAACUAGAUAGGAUAUUCAAUGUAAUGGGAUUUCCAUUGGAGAAAGAUUGGGAGGAUAUUAAGAAAAUGCCAGAGCACCCUACGUUACUUAAAGAUUUUAAAAGAUCCAACUAUGCAAACUGUUCGCUUACUAAAUAUAUGGAUCGGCAUAAGAUCAAACCUGAUAGCAAGGCAUUUAAUUUGUUACAAAAGUUACUGAUGAUGGAUCCAAAUAAGCGUAUCACAUCAGAGCAUUCUAUGCAGGAUGCCUACUUCCAAGAGGAGCCACUGCCAACACAGGACAUAUUUGCCGGAUGCCCUAUCCCUUAUCCCAAGAGGGAAUUCCUCACGGAUGACGAUACUGAAGAAAAGACUGAAAACAAAGCAAGGCAAAAUCAACAACAAACGCAACAGCAGAAUCAACAGCAACAAGGUAACGGCGAUCACAAUCACGGACAGAAUGCGAAACGGGUGAGACUGAACGGGCCACACGGCGCUCCGGAAUUCCAUCAGCAUCAGAGCCACGCGAUGACCCACCAGCAACCGCCGGGGAUGGUUUACUCGACGGCUCAGCCGACUCAGCCGUCGAACUUUCAUCAACGUUUCUAAUCUCCGUGACCCUUAAUCCGCUCGAUCACACACCAUGAAUCAGACCGAAAAAACUUAAAACUGUCUUACGCAGAUAAAAAUGCAUAUUAAUUUAGUUCACUAAUCAACAUAUUGUCGACAAGAGUGGUCAGUGAUUCGUGUAUAUUCCGUAAGUAUGAUAAUACAACUUUAUUUAUAUAUAUA